GAACGCCGUCGGUGCAAAGGCUAGUGUAGCAAUAAAGUCAACAGAUCACGAAGUUCAGCCGGGGUAAACAAGUCGCCGUUGAUAAGUCGCCGCCGCACAGUCGCGCGCGCCCGCCCGCCCUACGCACGUGUCCAAUAAACAAAGAAAAAACUAUUUAGCAAGUGAGCCGACGUACUUAAAAAUCACAACACGUUCGUAGCCAAUGGAUAAGCUAUGGGCAGAACGGGGACGCAGCGGGGCACCUUGGGGGUUCGACGAGUACCAGAGGAAAUGGGGCGAAUCGCGACUGGGGAACUUAGGGCAGCCGCAAGCCAGGGUUGGGAAUUGGGAAAGUGGAAAUUUGGAGAGUAAUGGGAACGUGUGGAGUGCAGCGUGGGGCGCGGUGGCCGGCGCUGGCGCAGUGUUGCUGAUCGCGGGCAUAGUGUUGCUGUGGAGGAAGCCGAGGAGGAGGGAUGUGCAGUUGCUGGCGCCCCUCGAUGUUGGACAUAAUGAGAUGCUGAUCCCCAAAGAGCAGUGCCGUGUGCAGCCUCUCAGCGAGGUGCGCACUGCCAGCUCUCUGCCACACGCCAGACUCGCGCGCACGCCCUCUAUAUCUUCCCAGAGCAGUUUGGACAGCGGCACUUCUAGAGCUACUAGCCACCGCGGAUCGUCCCCCGCCAUCCGCACGUUCGCUCCCGACGGACGCACCCUGGAAGCAGGAGCUACUGGUAUCCCCAGGUCCCCGUCUCCACUCCGUGCCGCCUCUCUGGACGUGCGAGCGGCCCCGCUGGCACACGGCUCCCUGGCUUCGCUCGCCGACUCGCCUGCCCCUACUAGCCCGAGGCAUUUACCGCCAAGAUGUCUCUCACCACUUCUGAUGCCACCGAGGCGGAUAGACCGCAGCAACUCUUUAGUGGAAAGCAGCAGUGGAUUAGGCCCCCUGAGCCCUGGAGCUGGGGCCGCUAUCAGCGCCCUAGGGGCUUUGCAACCGGACCUCUACACCAAGAGAGAGGCCCCCCUCGUCAUCGAGCUGGAGGGCCCGGGACCUUCCCUUGGGAGAAUCCACCUUCGCUUGAAGUAUGACUUCGAUAGAUCGGAUCUGGAAGUGCACCUUAUUGAAGCCCACGACCUAGCAGGGUACGAGGCGGGCGGGUUCAAUGACCCCUACGUCCGUGUCAGCCUGAUGCCAGAAGUGGACACAAGGGUCCGGCAAACACCAGUGCACAGGAAUGAGGCGAACCCCUUCUUUGACCAGCAUUUCAAGUUCCCAGUCUCUCAUGACGAACUUGGGGACAAGACGCUGUUGCUGCAAGUUUUUGAUUAUGAUCGGUUUUCCCGAAACGAGGUUAUGGGCUCAGCAAAAGUCCCUCUAUCUCGGGUAGAAGUCGCGGGUGGCGCCGAAGUGUGGGCAGAACUUUCUAGAGAGAGACGUCCGCCGGAGGAGCUUCAAGAAUUAUUAUUGUCCCUCUCUUACCUGCCGUCAGCUGAGCGGUUGACUGUAGUGGUGCUGAAGGCGAGGAAUCUACUACCGCCUCAGGAGGGAAAGGAUGCUUUAGAUGUAUAUGUGAAAGUGUACUUGCUCGUGAAUGGGAAACGUGUGAAGAAGAAGAAGACUAACAGGAAAGAGAUAAACAACCCGGUGUGGAACGAAGCGCUAUCCUUCAGUCUCCCGUCCGGCAACCUACAGGAAGCUUCCAUUGAGGUAUGCGUGGUAACAGGCGGCAGUAAUAACCUAGUGGUGGGUUGGUGUUGCGUGGGCGCAGCGGAGCCAGCCGCGGAGGGGCGCCACUGGGCACAAAUGGCGCAGGAGACGCGCAAAGCUGUUGCUAUGUGGCACACCCUCAGAUAGAUCAUAGAUUCUGAUGAUAAGCACGACUCCAGAAGCAUCUCGAUCUCUCUUUCACGUCACGAAAAAUAUACAUACAUACUUAUGCCCAUUCUCCUCCCCCCACGGAAUAUAACCAACAGCGCAGAAAACGAAAAUGUUCUGUUCAAAAAAUAACGAUUCCGUUAAGCAAGUUUACCGUGGAAUUUUAACGCACAGAACCCAUGAUAUAUUUAUUGGUGUUUUUAAUAAGUUAUAUUAAAUAAUUCUUCAAAUAAAACUUAAUAAAGCCCAUCGAAAAAUUAAUAAUUCUAUUUCAAUAACUAUUCGAAGUUAAAAAAUAUGCUACAGAAUAGAAAUACAGAUUAAAUUGCAUCUAGCUCCUGAUAUCGACUACAUUAAAAGCACAAUCUACAAAGAUUUAAAAAAAUCUAACAUUUCACUUUUCUACAUUACCUAAGUUAUUAACCAAGAUUGGGCCUAGAUACUUUAUUCGCAUACCUAACCUACUUACGUAAUAAGAAAUGUAAAAAAAUCAUAUUCAAAUUAGGUACCAAAUUUUAUUGCUGGAUUUAAAUUAAAGGACCAAUAACAUUAUUUUAUGUAUCGAAAUCAAACUGUUAUUGUUUACAAAGAUAAUUAAAAACGUCACUUUAUGAUUACAUGUUAUUUAAAUAUACAACAUAAAGACAAUCGAAAUGCUCCUUCCUAAAUUAUAAAUGUAAAUCAUCGUCUAUACUUCACUGAUAAGAUAAAACCUCAUUACUUAUUAGAUAUCGUAAACAACUAAGUAGGUACUUACGAAUUAAUGAUGUACCUAUGCUUCUAUAAAAGAAAUUAAAAUAUUAUUCCGGUUUCUCUCGGGAAUAAAACGGAAAGUAGGUACCUAUUUAUUGCAAAACAAAAGUGGAUGAAUUGGAUCGAUCCCUAAUAGAGAACAUCAGAUAGAUACACCACCUAGCGAUAGGCGGUUUAGAAUAAACAGAAUUUUAAAUGUUUCGUAAUAAUAAAAGGCACUUUUCGGAAUAAAUUGACAUCUUACUCCUAACUUAAUUAGAAAUCUUAUCCAGAUUUCUAUGAUUUUGGAAAAGUGUUGACUGGUCAUAAACUUUCAUCUACUUAUUCACCACACUAAAAUGCUUUCAAGAAGUGUUUAUCUGAGAAAAUGCGGUCAUCAUUAUUCUCAGCUUGUCUAUACCUACUAUGAGGUACACAAAUUACGUAAGAUGAUACCCAAAAUAUUUUAAAAGUAAAUUCGGUCUUAUAGAUACUUAACAACUUUGUCAAAUUAUAUAAAAGAUGAAAAUACUUUUUUUAUGCUUUUCAUUAUACUUGGGUUCUGGCAAAAGCUUGAUUGGGAAUCAUUUGAAUAGGUCGAACUUGCGUAAAAAUCGUUCAUAUUUUUAUUAGGAAAAGUUGUUAAGUACCUGUGCACUGAUCAAUUAUUUUAAAAUAUUUUUACCUAUUUUUAUAGGUAUUGUAUAGGUCCCGUACCUCACAAUUUCAAGUUAAAGACUGUGGGCUUAAUAUAGCACAUGUUCACUUCUACACAAUACUUACUCGUGACUUACUCGAUCGUAGUAGCAAGCGCAUGCUUGGAUAGCUCUAUCGUAAUAUAGAAUAAAUAUCAAUUUAUGGAGAUAUAAUAUUCCAAUAGUAUCUAAUCAUGGAUGUUCCAAUAAUUAUAUUAAUUAAUAUUGCUAUAAAAUGGCUGUAAGUGGCAUUAUUUGGGUGUUCGAGAUUAUAAAAAAAAUCGUAGUUCCGAUUUUGAAAAACGGAACUUUAACAUGGAGCUUGUGGGACACCAAAAAACUUAUGAAAUCUUAGAUUUUUAUGAUAAGGUGUUAAUUUUUGAUGUUACUUUUCUUUCCAAAUUUUUAUGCCCACGGUUACUGUCACGAAAUCUUUACCUCUACCUAUUAGUCAUUACGUGUGUGAUGUCCCUUGUUCAAGGGUUUUAUGAAUAAAUUUUAUCGAAUUUUAUUCCAGAAUAUACGUACAUAUUUUUAUCUAAGUGUAUGUAUUGAUGUGGAAGAAAAGUAUUUACUUUAUAUUUUCUUUACAAUGUCUAAAUAAAAUGUCUAUUUAUAAGAUCA